UUCAGGGCUUCCUGUUUCAGUCAAUGGAAAGGAAUUCUCCCCUGCAUCUCUGCUUUCUGAGCUGAAUGAAAUUGGCGGGCAUAUUAUUUUUUUUCUUUUCAAAAAUUUGACUAUGAUGAGUUUUAUUGAUUGCAUGGUGGAUCCAAGAACAUGCAUAAAUGUCACCCCAUGUAUUGUACAAUUGGAGUGCCAGAGGUCAAACGCAGAAAGCAACAUCGGACAAAGCAUUUUGAGAACCAAGAACCAUGUCUGAUGAGAGGUGUCUAUUUUAAGAAUAUGAAAUGGCAGGCAGCCAUAAAAGUUGACAAGAAACAAAUUCACUUGGGCAUUGUUGGAUCUCAAGAAGCUGCUGCUCGUUUGUAUGACAGAAAGAGUCGGGAAGUUGCUCUUAUUGUCAGAACUUGAUGCAAGUUUUGUUUGGAUAGGUGAGGGAAGCGAUUGGUGUUACCCUUUUUGUGUUGUGCUCAAACAUUCGGCUUCAUACAUCCUUCAGUGAUCAUCAUUCCGAUGGUGGUGACGAUUUCAAAAUUAAAGAGAGAAGUUGGGAUCAGUUUUUAACAGAACGUGCAUCUGAACUUGUCACAAAUAUUCGGAAUGUUAGCCAGUCUGACAAAAUGGAGAUCUCAACAGAUAAAGUCUUGUCUUGACAAAUGGCAAUUCUUAAGAUGAUGUGAAGUGGAUGGAAACGGUACAUUUUUAAAGAAUUCUGUUUAAUCAAGGCUUCCUUAUCUUCAACUGAAUUCUGAUGAUCUUCUCCUGUUCCUUAAUGUGUGCAGCUGUACCAUUUCAUUAUCUCAUCUUUGAAACCUUGCAAUCCAAGCCUAAAAUGUUUAAAAAUCGAUUUUUGGACUGUGUGAUACAAUAUUUUUUUUUUUU